CCAUCAACCACGACCACGGCCGCGACAUGUCCGAUACCCUGAACCAGGCUAUCGUAGAAUAUAAAGUGUACUCAUUAGUGGUUCUGCUCACGAAAUCUUCUCGUCGAAGGCUCUCCAAAUAUGGGAUAUGAAACCGCCCUCGUACUAGGGAUCGCAGCAGUGUCUUUGUACGCUGUGUACCAAUACCAGUACAAACAACUCGACAAGAAAAUUCCCCCAGGCCCCCCCAGAGCUCCCAUCAUUGGAAACCUUUUCCAGGUUCCAUCACGCAAGCCGUAUUUGCAGUUCCGCAAAUGGGCACAAGAAUACGGGCCAGUUUACUCUCUUAGACUUGGUGGAUCGACUGUCAUCGUUCUCAACACCGCCGAAGCCGCACACGAGAUUCUGGACAACCGCGCCAAAACCUAUUCCAGUCGUACUCCCCCUCAUGUCGCCCACGAUAUCAUGAGUGACGGUCAACGAUUCGUGCUGUUGCCCUAUGAGAAAGAAUGGAAGGCGGCUAAGAAGACCAUCCAGACAAUCUUCAACACUACCACCGUCAAAGGCAUGCGUCCAACUCAGGAGCUCGAGUCUCGGAUUGUCCUUUGGGACUUGAUGCAACAUGGAGAACAUAGUCUUUCGACUAAAUACGACAGCAUGAAGGAAGAGGAAGCCCCCGAAACGCACUGGUUUGCUAUCCCUCGUCGCUACACGACGAGUGUUGCGAUGACUGCGAUUUAUGGUAUUCGCGUCAACCGUUUCGUCAACAACCCCAACCUCCACAAAGUCUACGAGAUCAUGUCGAACUUCGCGAUGCAAGCACAACCCGGGAAAUACCUUGCCGACUCCUUCCCCGUCGUCCGCAAAUUACCCGACUUCCUUGCUCCAUGGCGGGAUGCUGCUCGUAAGCUACAUGACUGGGAAAUGGGUCUGUACGGAGGUCUCGUUGAUCUCUGCAAGUCCGAUCUCUUGGCAGGCAAAGAGCACGUUACCAACUAUGUUACCACCUACCUCAGGCAGCGUCUUGAAGCCGGUAUCCAAGAUGCUCCUGGUAAAGGCGUCCGUGAAGAUGGUCAUUUGACUGACAAACUUCUCGCCUACACUGCUGGUACUAUCCUCGAAGGAGGAUCCGAUACCUCGGCCACGACAAUGCAGAAUUUCUUGAUGUUCAUGGCUUCCCAUCCCCACUUCCUACACAAGUGUGUCGAGGAAAUCGACGCUGUUGUUGGAGAAGACCGUAUGCCAGACUUUGAAGACGAGUUCAAAUUACCAUACUUACGGGCAUGCAUUAAGGAGACCCUCAGGCGCAGACCCCCCACUAUCAUGGGUAUCGCUCACUCUUCCGACGAAGAUGAUUACUACGAGGGUUACUUGAUUCCCAAAAACUCUCAGGUCAUCGGCAAUGUCUGGACUAUCCACAUGGACCCCAAAACCUACACAAACCCUUUUGCAUUCAACCCAGAGCGAUUCUUGCAGAAGGACGAGGAAAAGAACACAUGGGCUAGUGGGCCCAACUACAAGGACCGCGUACACUACGUUUUCGGAUGGGGAAGACGUUUCUGUCCCGGUCACGAUAUUGCAGAAGCUUCCCUCUUCAUUGUUCUCUCUCGUAUCCUUUGGGCAUUCAAUCUCAAAACCAGGAAAGACUCCGUCACUGGAGCGGACAUCCUCCCUGAUAUGAACGACGAGUCGUCAUUCACAGAUGGUUUCGUCUCCAUCCCCAAGAUCUACCCUCUCGCCUUCAUUCCCCGAACGGAGAAGAAGGCUGCGAUGAUUCGCAAGGCUUUCACCGAUGCUCAAGAUCAAUGGGAGCUCCUUGGUAUGGACCCCGAUGAACGGUGAAGGGCAUAUUUGGCGCUACUAUAUUCAACGCUCGCACAAAAGGUGUCGGUGUACCACGAACAGUUUGGCCGUAGGCCAUUUCACGACUUUUUGUAAAUGUGUACUUCGAAGUAGAUCUGGCGCUUCUAACUUAGGUCUAGAUGUUUUUAAUGUGGCAAAUACUAAGUUGCUGAGAAUAUAAAUACCUA